UUUGACACCGAUUGCGGCUGGGCGCGCUGUGAGUGUCUUUUAGCUGAAUGAUUGAGCGUGGCUGGCUGACGGAAAGAAAUCUGUUUUCAUCUGGUCGAUCUCGCGCGCAUCUGGAAAGGAUCUGCAAUGACCGAAACGUUGCAACUGCGAGGCACGCUCCGCGGCCACAAUGGAUGGGUCACACAAAUUGCAACUAACCCGAAAUAUCCAGAUAUGAUACUGUCGUCUUCUCGAGAUAAGACAAUGAUUGUGUGGAAACUUACGCGUGACGAAGCUAAUUAUGGUAUUCCACAGAAGCGUCUGUACGGUCAUUCUCAUUUCAUAAGCGAUGUAGUUCUUUCUUCCGAUGGUAACUAUGCUUUAUCUGGUUCAUGGGACAAAACUUUGCGUCUUUGGGAUCUGGCAGCAGGUCGUACAACUAGAAGAUUUGAAGACCAUACCAAAGAUGUUUUGAGUGUUGCUUUUUCUGUGGACAAUCGUCAAAUUGUCUCCGGUUCGCGAGACAAAACAAUUAAACUAUGGAACACAUUGGCCGAAUGUAAAUACACCAUUCAAGAUGAUGGACACACUGAUUGGGUCAGUUGUGUACGUUUUUCUCCCAAUCACGCAAAUCCCAUUAUUGUGUCUGCAGGAUGGGAUCGUGUUGUCAAGGUGUGGAAUCUAACAAAUUGUAGAUUGAAAAUUAAUCAUAGCGGUCAUACGGGAUAUCUAAACACUGUUACCGUAUCACCUGAUGGAUCGCUCUGUGCGUCUGGCGGGAAGGAUUGUAAAGCUAUGUUAUGGGAUUUAAAUGAUGGGAAGCACCUUCAUACUUUGGAUCACAAUGAUAUCAUUACGGCUCUGUGCUUCAGUCCAAACCGUUACUGGCUCUGCGCAGCUUUUGGACCGUGGAUAAAGAUUUGGGAUCUCGAAACUAAAGAAAUGGUCGAGGAAUUAAAACCCGAGGUAGUAUCGGCUACCAGCAAAGCAGAGCCUCCUCUAUGUUUGUCAUUAGCAUGGUCUACAGAUGGACAAACGUUAUUUGCUGGAUAUUCUGAUAAUACUAUCCGUGUAUGGCAAGUUUCUGUGACCAGCCGAUAAAUUUUAUAUGUAUACGCUAUAUAUAUAUAUAAAAAAUAAAAUUUCGAUAAAAACUUA